AAAUACCCACACGCCCUCUCCUCUUCCUUCAUAAAUUCCUCAACAACACUCACCAUUAAAACCCAAACCAAAUUCCCUCUCUCUCUCUCUCUCUCUCUCUCUCUCUCUCUCUCUCUCUCUCUCUCUCCUGCCAUUUAAAUUACUUUUGUUACUGGAAAUGGUGCUGCAAUCGAGCAAUAAUGCCAAGAAACUUCUCUCAAAGUUAGCCACAGGCAACGGCCAUGGGGAAGAUUCUCCAUAUUUUGAUGGCUGGAAAGCCUACGAUUCCGACCCUUUUCACCCCACUCUCAACCCUCGUGGAGUCAUUCAAAUGGGUCUCGCUGAAAAUCAACUUUCUUUUGGGUUCGUGGAGAAAUGGAUGAGAAACAACCCACAGGCUUCCAUUUGUACUGCUGAAGGAAUUGAUGAGUUCAAGGAUGUGGCCAUCUUCCAGGAUUACCACGGAUUGCCGGAGUUCAGAAACGCUGUGGCGAAUUUCAUGGGAAAAGUGAGAGGCGACCGAGUCAAAUUCGACCCGGACCGAGUUGUGAUGAGUGGUGGAGCGACAGGAGCUCACGAAACGGUGGCGUUUUGUCUCGCUGAUCCUGGCGAAGCAUUUCUAGUGCCUGUUCCUUAUUAUCCAGGAUUCGACAGAGAUUUGAGAUGGAGAACAGGAGUAGAAAUAGUUCCUGUAAUCUGCGAGAGCUCAAACAACUUCAGGCUGACAAGAGAAGCCUUGGAAACAGCGUACGAGGAAGCUCAAAAAUCCGACACCAAAAUCAAAGGCUUACUCAUAACCAAUCCUUCAAAUCCACUUGGCACAGUUUACGACAGGGAAACGCUCGAAACCGCCGUUGCAUUCAUCAACGACAAAAACAUCCACUUGGUGUGCGACGAAAUCUACGCCGCCACUGUCUUCGCCGAGCCGGGAUUCGUCAGCAUUUCCGAAGUGAUCGAAAACGACCCCAGCUGCGACAGAAACUUGAUCCACGUCGUCUACAGCCUCUCCAAGGAUAUGGGGUUCCCCGGGUUUCGAGUCGGUAUCAUUUACUCGUAUAACGAUGCCGUUGUCAGCUGUGCACGGAAGAUGUCGAGCUUCGGGCUCGUGUCGUCGCAGACGCAGCACAUGAUUGCGUCGAUGCUGUCCGACGAUGAGUUUGUCGAGAGCUUCCUUGUUGGGAGUGCUGAGAAGCUCGCAGCACGCCACCGAAGUUUCACUAAAGGACUUGCUCAGGUUGGUAUUGGGUAUCUCCAAGGAAGUGGGGGACUGUUUUUGUGGAUGGAUUUGAGGCAUCUCUUGAAAGAGAAGACACUGGAAGCAGAAAUGGCGCUAUGGAGAGUGAUAAUCAACGAGGUCAAGCUGAACGUAUCGCCCGGGUCUUCGUUCCACUGCUCCGAGCCCGGGUGGUUCAGAGUUUGCUUCGCCAAUAUGGACGACAAAACAAUGGACAUCUCUAUAACCAGAAUCAGAACCUUUGUGCUCCAAAACAAGGAGGCAACUAAGAUUAAGAAACACAAAUUCUGUUGGCGACAAAGCAGCCUUGAGCUCAGGCUAUCAUCUCGAAGGCUUGAAGACAUAAUGUCGCCGCACUCGCCGCUACCUCAAUCGCCAAUGCUCCGAGCCACAACUUAGAGGGGACGACAGUCAUAUUGUGACGAUCACGUUGAAUAAAAUUUCAACUCGAUCGAACACGGAUUUUGACAAGUUAACGAAGAAAUUUACUAAUCAAUCUCUCAAUUGUUGGUUGUGGGUUUUUGGGGUUGGUUUAUUUGAUGGAUUAAUCCUUCCUUCAGUUUUUUGUAAUAAGUUUCCACUGUAAAAUGGCUUCUAAUUCCCAAUAAUUUAGGGAACUUGGAGGCUGUGUGUAGUUGCACGUCGUGGGUGUUGUGGGCUUUUGUAUCUGCAUGCAUAAUUUGCAUUUGUUUCUUCUUUUUCUUUUAUCCUCUUUUUCACUGCUCAAAUGGAUGAGUGUGGAAACUCAAAGAGGGUUUUAUUACAAUUUGUAAGAAACAUUCAUACAAAGGAAUAACAAAGAAGUUUGCUUUUUUCUCUUGGAAUA